CAAAGGUGAUAAAAAGACCACCAAAGCCAAAAUAUUUUCCAACAAAUGGUAAAGACAAAAAUAAUAGAUUGAAUCUUACACUCCAACAAGACGAACUAACGAGUCCCAUAAAUGGUAUCACUGAAAAUAGUACACCGAUGAGUGGUUUUGGUAAUAGAAGAUCAGUUGAUAAAAACAAACUAAGGAAAGAACAUGAAGCAUAA